GCUGGACUGGCACCUCGGAAGCGCCCUGGAGUCGCUUUGGGGGGCUUCCUAUUUGUACACACCACUAGGUAUGUUCUUUGUAGUUCCUGGCCUUUCCUCCUGUCUCGAAUUGGAGAGCUCACGUAGCCCGGCUCCGGACCGGCCUGCACGCUCGCCUCGGGAUGAGUGGAAGCUGCCAGGGAGUAGGUGCGGAAGAGGGGUCGCCAAGAAAGAGUGAUCGAUUUUCUCUCUGUGCUAUGGGAGAUGUCAGAGAAUCAAAAAUGCAAAUAACACCUGAAACUCCAGGAAGAAUUCCUGUUUUAAAUCCUUUUGAAAGUCCUGGUGAUUACACUAAUCUCCACGAACAAACUGUCUCCAGUCCUUCUGUUUUUAAAUCGACAAAAUUACCAACUCCAGGGGAAUUUAGAUGGUCUAUUGAUCAACUAGCCGUAAUAAAUCCUGUAGAAAUAGACCCAGAAGACAUUCAUCGUCAAGCUUUAUACUUAAGUCGUUCUCGAAUAGAUAAAGAUGUGGAAGACAAAAGACAAAAAGCCAUUGAAGAGUUUUUCACUAAGGAUGUCAUCGUACCCUCUCCUUGGACUGAUCAUGAAGGGAAGCAGCUUUCAGAAUAUGAUUCCAGUAAAUGUAUUAACGUCAAUAAUGAAUCUCCAAUUGGAAGAAAGCUGACCGUACAUUCUGAGACAAGCAAUGCUGCUUGCCAGACAUUGCUGUCUCUUCCUGUGGAUUUUAAUUUAGAAAAGGUAUUAGGUGACUAUUUUAGAGCUGAUGAAUUUGCAGAUCAAUCUCCCGGAAACCUCAGUUCUUCAUCCCUCAGAAGAAAGCUAUUUUUAGAUGGCAACGGAAGUAUCUCUGACUCCUUACCUCCAGCUUCUCCCAGAAGUCCUCGUAGUGGUGUUCAAGCAUCACUUGAGGUUUUUUAUUCAAUAGAUCUAUCUCCUGUGCAGUGUAGGAGCCCUGUGCAGACCCCGAGUUCGGGGCAGUUUUCUUCUAGCCCUAUUCAGGGUAGUGCAAAAAAAUACAGUUUGGGAAGCAUAACCAGUCCUUCACCUAUUUCUUCACCCACUUUCUCACCAAUUGCAUUUCAAAUAGGAAAGACACCACUCUCAGAGCAAAGGAAGUUAACUUUCCAUUCUCCUGAUGCUUCGUCUGGAACAAAUUCUAAUGGAAUUACCAAUCCGUGUAUCAGAAGUCCUUAUAUAGAUGGCUGCUCACCAAUUAAAAAUUGGUCUCCUAUGAGACUUGAGAUGUGUACAGGGGGUGCUAAGUAUCGGCCCUCACUGAUUCGGGUACCUUUUACUCUCGAGGCUCACAGCGAAGAUGAAGGAGACAAGGCAGAUGUUCCUUCCACAGACGCCUCCUCCCUAGCCAUGGGCACGGCUGGAGUCCACCUGCCGCAGUUGGAUGGUGACACUUGUCCACAUGGCGCGCACUUGGUAGUGACCGCCAUGUCUAUUACCCAGAACCAGUCCGGUGCUUCUGAGAAAGAAUUGGCACUGCUUCAGGAUGUGGAAAGUGAGAAGGAGAAUAACACUGUGGAUAUGGUCGAUCCCAUAGAGAUAGCAGAUGAGACCACUUGGAUUAAGGAGCCCGUUGAUAAUAGGAGUUUACCCAUGACUGACUUUGUGAGUGGGAUCGCCUUCAGUAUUGAAAACUCUCACAUGUGCAUGUCACCUCUCGCAGAAAGCAGUGUCAUUCCUUGUGAAAGCAGUAACAUUCAGAUGGAUAGUGGCUAUAAUACACAGAAUUGUGGAAGCAAUAUUAUGGAUACGGUUGGAGCAGAAAGUUACUGCAAAGAAAGUGAUGCACAAACCUUGGAAGUCGAGAAUAAAUCUCAAGUUUUUAAUAUAAAGCAAGACCACUCAAUGCAAAGGUGUUGGAUGAAAAUUGCAAAUCGGCCUCAAUGCAGCAGCCCGUAGAGCACCUCUCUCAGAACCAAAGCCUCUAACUGGACAGCUCCUCACAUAUUUUUCAUGCAUGGGAUCCAUAAUGUGAUCGUGAUGGGGAAGGAACUGCUUCAACUAACAUGCUGAGCUUUUUUUCUUUCCCUCCUUAAUGUGAAAAACCAAGGGCUUAAUUUAGUGACAACAGAAAAGCUCCUGGAACUUUCAAAGAAGUUACUGAAGUACAAGUUCAGCUUUUAGCAAUAAAUAUUUUUGUACUGAC